AUGCAGUUCCUAAAUACCUGUAGACUGGCAUCAGUCGCUCUACUGUUGUUUCCUUUCAAAGUACAAAGUGCCGCCAAUUUGACCUUGCGCUUCUUCACGGAGAGCCAAGAUGACACCUGCUCUUUCCGCAACAGCAGUGAAGCCCUGACGUUUACCUCAUCGAGCAUUCCCACCAUGGAUCAUUGCUUCAACCUAGAAGAUAUCUUCGGCGGAAACACCACCCAAGGUUUCGUCAACCAAAGCGCCUACCCACCCUUCUCAGCCACGGCAGGCAUCAACUGGUCCGUAGAGAACGCCGCAUUAUACAACGCCCAAGCGAACUACACCAAUGUUCUCUACCACCUACACGUGCCAGGAGCCGAAGCAGCCGAACAGUACGCAGAUCGCCGCGUGAACAUUUACCCUGCUAAAGACUGUUACAACGCGGACCCGAACAGCGACGCCACCAUGCCACCACUACUUCCCUGGUAUGGCUACGACUGCGUCAGUGACAGAGAUGGAAACUGCGGCACGAUCGAGUAUGAUGUCCGCAGCUUCUACCUCCUACCAGGCACAAGGGAAAGGGAUCAGUCAGGCCGAUGUUUAUUGUCUGCGAAAUGGGGUGCUGCCUCGAGUAUUUACUCGUCUUCUCGUGUCAUUUUAGGCGCCGCUUUGAGCGCGUCUCUGGCCAUCUGGUAUGCCUGGUAG